AACAAACAAACCAAACAAAUUCAUACGAUCACUAAAGUGAUUGCAAAAAAUGCAUCUGCAGCUAAGUUGCAAAAAUUCAUUGCCAAUUACUGACCAAACCUAUUAAAUGGAGAUCUAUUAGUAACAGAUUAACCAGGUUAAUGUGUACGUAACAGUCUCAGCAUGGUACAUCGCUGCUGUUAGUUUCAAAGUUCACAUAUGAACUUCUUUUUACACUGCACACAUGGUUCGUGAAGUCUGAAUGAAAAAGGAAUUUAAGGGAAAAUAAGGUUUGGGGAUAAAAGCACAGAAAAUGGCAGGCAACAACGAGAUGACCAUCAACCUUGUUGUCCUUGGAAGAACUCAGAGUGGUAAAAGUGCUGCUGGGAACAGCUUGCUGGGCAGCUCAGACUUUAAGAAUUAUUGCUCUCCAAGAUCUGUGACUACAUGCUGCAGCCUUGGACGCAGCUGCUGUAUUUUGGGAAUUAUACGAAGAAAUGGCAGUGAGCUAGCUCUCCGUGUUCGAGUACUUGACACUCCAGGCUACCCUCACAGUAGUCUGAGCAAAGAGGAGGUGAGAGACAGAGUGAGCUCAGCCCUGGCUCACCACUUCGGGGAGGAAGGCCUGCAUCUCGCUCUCUUGGUCCUGAGGGCUGACUUGCCUCUGUGUCCGGAUGAAAACUAUCAUACAAUUCAGUUCAUCCAGGAACUUCUGGGUCCCACAUGGAAUGAUUUCACUGCAGUUCUACUUACUCAUGCAGACAAGGCAGAAGAGGCUGGAUUCAACGAGGAAGCAUACUUGCACAGUGCCUCAAGUACCCUGUUGUCACUUUUGAGCUCAGUACAGCAUAAAUACAUCUUCCUAGACAACCAUAAGAGCAUAAUUAAAGAGGAAAGAGCUACUGUCUUAAGAAAGCUCUUGAAUUUUAUAAAACAAAAUAAUUAUCAAAUGCUUCCACUUAAACAUAACAAAGCAUAAAAUUAGCUUUCAGGUGCUCAUUUGUCUAUUUGCUAUAGCAGGUAAUAUUUAAUAAAAGAGUGCUGGAACUGGAAAAGUCCACACCCAUACAAAAUACCUCUGAACAGUUGGAGAUGGCUCCUUAGAUUACCAAACUACUUGUCCUUCAGAGUACUUCACACUAGUGCAUCCACAACUGUAGCUUCAAAGGAAAAAUUCAAGCAAGCUAGUGCUCUAAAUCACAGUCCUAAUAUAUAUGUAGUCACAAAUCAGAUUUUAUUCUCCACCAAACUAUAUACCGCAGCUCUUACAGAACACUGAUCUGGAAAAUAGAAGUUAAAAAUGAACAUGAA